ACAGAGUAUGAACAGGUAUAAAAAGAGGAGGCGUCUUCGAAUGCAUCUCAUUCACUGGCAGAAACCAAGAUAGACAUUCAAAUCCCUCUGUGUUGCAUUGUCGAGAAGAACAAUGAAGCUGCUGGUCUUGGCUCUAACCGUCGCCUUGCUGUUUACAGCCGGUGAGGCCCUGAACUGCCACCAGUGUGUCCCCAGGAGGGCCGGAGAAAGCUGCGAAACUGCCGUCCAAACCUGUAAACCGGGGAAGGACGGCUGUGCUGCGGCCAGGUUCCUCAGAGCUCCACACGGCUAUUACCAGAAAUGCAUGGCUCUGUCAGACUGUGAGAUGCUGAAGAUGAAUUCCUACAUCGACAUAAAGUGCUGUGGCGAUGACAUGUGCAACACCUUUGACAAUCCAGCAUAAAGAAUUCAAAGAGCACGACGAUGUGUUGGAGAAGCUUUUUUUUUCUCGCGCGAGGAAUUCAUCCCAGAGGACUUCGGCCGAGCACAUCUCUGAAAUCAAACGGCUACUUACAGCUAAAAUAAGACGAUAAUAAACACUGUAAACUCGAUCACCCCGGCAAAUAAAGGUGUUUGAAUUCC